UUUUGGUCGAGAAGUGAUGACGUAAGAGCCAGUCGCCAGGCUUUUUCUCGUGGGUCGCUUUCUUUGGCUUUAUAUCGCUUUCCUGUUUUAGCCGGUGGCGUUACGUGUGAAGUGACAACAACAUGACUUCUGCCUUGGAGAAUUACAUCAACCGAACGGUUGCAGUGAUUACAGCGGACGGAAGAAUGAUUGUGGGAACACUCAAGGGUUUUGACCAGACUAUAAAUUUGAUUUUGGAUGAAAGUCAUGAAAGAGUAUUCAGUUCUUCCCAAGGGGUUGAACAAGUGGUGCUGGGGCUGUACAUUGUAAGAGGAGACAAUGUGGCAGUUAUUGGCGAAAUUGAUGAAGAGACGGACUCUGCGUUGGAUUUGGGGAACAUUCGGGCAGAACCGCUAAACUCCGUUGUAAAUUAAGAAACAUUGUGAAGAAGUGUGAAUCUCGGGCUGUAUAUGACUAGUUAAUGGAACUUUUUUACAAACUAAUGAUGGAUUAGAACAUCCUUCUCAACCUAUAUGUUUUAUUGUGGCUGUGUAAAUUAAAGUGUUUCUACAUUUUGUUUUAA